UCUCUCUAUUUCUAGUGGUAUAAGAACCAAAGCCAACAGCACAAAAAAUGGCAGAACAUGCAAAGAAAGACAUGAAACACAUACUGCAGCUGACGAAGGAGGCGCGCCGAAUCUUUCUCAACUCGUUCGAUACCCUCAUGUCCGACUGUGACGGUGUGCUGUGGAACUUUACCGGUCCGAUCCCGGGCGUGGACAAGGCACUACAGUUGCUGCGGACCAAUGGUAAGAAGCUGGCCUUCAUCUCCAACAACGGUAUGCGCACGAUGGAGGAGUAUCAGAAAAAGUUCCACGCGCUCGGUAUCGAUGCACUGGAGGAGGAAAUUGUACAUCCUGCCCUGACGACGGUUCACUAUCUAAAAUCGAUCCACAUGCAGGAUGCUGUGUAUUGUAUCGGGACGGAAGUUUUUAAGGAUUAUUUGCGGAAAGCUGGCUUUAAAGUUCUCGACGGGCCAAAAGAACGAUUCCCGGAUAGCCGCGAAGCGAACCAGGUGCGCGUUUAUACGGACUACUUUGAGCAGCACGGACCCAAGGUCGGUGCCGUCGUGAUCGAUAUCGAUGUGAACCUCGCGCUGCAAAACCUCAUGAAAGCCAAAUGCUAUCUGGAGCGUGAUCCGAACUGUGUGUUCAUUGCCGGCGCGACCGAUUACAUUAUACCGCUCGAUACCAGCAUGGAUGUAAUAGGGCCAGGCUAUUUUAUCGACAUUUUGGAACGCUCAACCGGACGGAAACCACUCGUACUUGGCAAACCGGGCAAAGCGUUGGCCCAGGUGGUGCUAAAGCAGUUCCAAAUUACCGAUCCCAAGCGUGUCCUGUUUGUGGGUGAUAUGAUGCCACAAGACAUGGGAUUCGGUACACGGUGUGGUUUCCAGAAGCUGCUCAUGCUAAGCGGUGGCACACCGAAAGACGUACUGCUGGCACAGACCGAUCCCGACCAGCUGCCGAACUAUUACGCAGACAGUUUCGCUGACUUUAUCAAGCUUUAUAAUGAUACUAUGCAUAUCGAAGAAUAAGA